CAAUCAAAGCUGUCUACCUCAGACAGCUGAAUGUAGUUGUUACUAUUGGAGUCAAUGUUUUUUUUAAUGUUGAUGUAAACGUUUGUCUAUGGCUCAUUUAUUUCUUAUGGUUGUGCCCAAUUGAUUUCCUCGUGUUUUUUGGAAAAAUUCCUCGGCAUGGAUGUCACAUUUUUGAAAUUUUAAUUCCAAAUUUUCAGGAUGCAUCGAAGAAAUGGCUAAAUCAGUUUGUUUUAGUCAAAUUUUCGUUUUUCCUCUCAUUUUGGUUAAAAGCUUGAGGUCUAGAUUUGGCUCAGUCUCUUUUUUAAUAUCAGUCAGAAUUUUAAGGCAUAGGCAUAUUUUAAGUGAACACUUUCAGUAAUUCAGUAAAAAAAAAAAUCUUCAAUGCGACAGUAACAAUUUGAAAGCAUAAGAAACAUUAUUUCCAUUCUGCUAAGAGGAAAGACUUUGUUUGGCCUGGCCCAGUUUAUUUUUGGGCUGUUCAGCAGAGCACUAAGGGAAAAUGAGCCUCAACGAGUGAGGCUGGAAUACUAAUCGAGAGGAAAAACUGCCUUCCAGUCUGCCGGGAUAAACAACUCUUAUCAGGAAAAGCCAAAGGAAAGCCUUACAUCAAAAUGCAGAAUGGAAAUCGGGGACUGUAAAAUGGUUUGACAGGUCCUUGGGAUAUUUUUCUGGACAUGCACAAGCUCUCAGCAAAAUAUUAAAAAAGCUCACCAGCCAAUACUUAAAGGGUAGAUGGAUGGAUGAACCUGUCAGAGAUUGACCCAGAUGAGGAGGUGCAGGGGGAGAUCCAUCUGCAGAUAUCAGUGCAUGGAGAUGGAGAAAUCCCUCGAAAACUUUGCUGCAAGGUGCUGGAGGCAAGAGAUCUUGCAAAGAAAGAUCGCAACGGUGCGUCUGACCCUUUCGUCAGAGUAAGAUACAAUGGCAAAACGUACGAAAGCACGGUGGUGAAAAAGUCCUGCUACCCACGCUGGAAUACAAGUUUCGAGUUUGAGCUGGAUGAGACGUCAACUGACAGCCUGUUGAGCGUGGAGGUGUGGGACUGGGAUCUGGUUAGUCGAAAUGAUUUCCUGGGAAAGGUCCUCUUCAAUAUCAACAAGCUUCAGUCAGCGAAGCAAGAGGAGGGCUGGUUUCGCCUGGGGCCGGACAAAUCUAAACACAGUGAAUAUGAGGGAACUCUGGGUUCUCUCCGGCUUCAGUUACGGCUCCGUGAUGAGGUUGUGUUGCCAUCCAGCCAUUACAAACCUCUCACAGAGCUCCUCAGCCAAUCCGUCGGCUCUCAACUAAACGGCAACUGGCCGGAUCUCAUCAUGCUGAUGGAUGAGACCACUACAGCAGAGAGCAGACAGGAAGUGGCUAAUAAUCUAGUGAAGCUGUUUUUGGGUCAAGGGCUUGUCAAGGAGUUCUUGGAUGUUCUCUUUAAACUGGAGCUGGAAAAGACCACUGAACCAAACACUUUGUUCCGAAGCAACUCAUUAGCAUCCAAGUCAAUGGAGUCGUUUUUGAAGGUGGCUGGGAUGCAAUAUCUCCACAGGCUUCUGGGCCCCAUAGUUAACCGGAUCUUUGAAGAAAAGAAAUAUGUAGAGCUGGACCCCAGUAAAGUGGAACUCAAAGAGGCAGGCUGUGCAGGUUUACAUCGUCAUCAGACAGAAUCUGAUGUAAUUCAGCAGAGCUGCAGUCUCCUGCAGUCGUACCUGUCCGAGUUGCUCUCCGCCAUCCUGCAAUCUGCAUCCUACUGCCCCCUGCUCAUCUGCCAGACUUUCCAACAACUGUACCACAGAGUGCAGGAGAGCUUCCCUGAUCCAGAGUACCGGAAAGUCAAGUUUAUUGCUGUAACUAGCUUCUUAUGUCUGCGGUUCAUCUCCCCUGCCAUCAUGUCUCCAAAACUGUUUCACCUGCGAGAGAAACAUGCCGACGCCCGCACAAGCCGCACUCUUCUGCUGUUGGCUAAAGCUGUGCAGACCAUUGGGAAUAUGGACACGCUGACAUGCUGCUCUAAAGAGCCGUGGAUGGUGUGUUUGCAGCCAGCCAUUCAGCAAGGCAUCAGCCAGCUCAAAGACUUCAUCAUAAAACUGGUCAGCUGCCGUGAGUCAGAGGAUCUUGAGCUGCAGACACGAAUGAGUCUCCAUUGUGGCACCAUGGAGAAAGAAGGUUUCCUAUUCCUCCACAGGACCAAGGACAAGUGCAUGCCCAUGACAUCACCCUUUAAGAAGUACUAUGUCACGAUCAGCAAAGAUACUCUGUCCUAUUCCCGGACACAACCCUCUAAGAAGACCUCGUCUAUCUCACUGCCAAAGAUCAGGGCGGUGGAGAAGGUGGAGGAGAAGUGCUUCGGCAGUGCCAAUGUCAUGCAGAUUAUCUGGAGUGAAGCCUCUGGCCAGCAGGAGACCCUGUAUCUUGACUGCAAGAGUGUAAAUGAACUGAAUCACUGGCUGUCUGCCUUGAGGAAAGCCUGCAGUCACAACACAAACAUCAUGAGCUGCUAUCAUCCUGGCAUCUAUAAAGCAGACAGAUGGAGCUGCUGCCACCAGAGGGAGAAAACAGACUCGGGCUGCGACAAAACCAGGCAUGGAGUAACUCUGCAGGAGUGGUAUGACCCGCUCGACACCGACCUUGAGGCUCAGCUGAUCUACCAACAUCUCAGUAGCGUCCAACAUGCCAUGCGAGAAAAUAAUUAUAAAGUGAGAGAGCAGCAGGGAGCUCAGGAGGCAGAUUCAGUAAGAGACCAGAGGAAAGCAGAUGAACUCACAAAACUCUUCAGCGUCCUCCAAGACCUUCAUGAUUCCCAUUCCGCUGUAGAAGAAGAGGAGAGAUUGAAGAAUAAAACGUUUUUCUUGGAAUUACAAACGUAAACACACACUGCAAGUUUGUAACCAGAUACAUUUCACAAAUCACAGUAUUAUUUACUCACUGACAUCAUACACAGGUUUUAAAACCUGUUCUUAUUUGUAGCACACAUACCAGUGGAAAUCUUCAAGUAUGUUUGAUUUGCGCUCGCAUACUUCAGAGAAAGUCAUUUUUGCCUUGGUUGGCAGGGAUAUUUAUAGGGCUAUGACCACAGUCCCUUUAUAAGUGUUUGGUGUGUAAGUACAGUCUACUUAUAAUGACAUUGUAAGGAUUAUCACUGUAGUGCGAUGAUAAAAGUUGGCUGCCAACUCAUUUUUGUGAAUAACCUACAAAUAUUUAGUGUAACUUUAUUAAUUUGCUCUAUCAUGGUCGUUUAAAGUACUUUUUUACUACAAUAACCAUUGAGGGAAUGUUUAUAAUCCCUUCUUGAGUUAAAAUAAGGUUUUUUACUUGUUUUUAUUUUUUCUAUGUGUUUCAUCUGUAGUGGUAAAUCAUGAAUGCCUAUAUUCCAUACACAUAAUAGCUGUCAAUGUUGUCACUGUUUCUUGUCCUGCAUAUGUCAGUUUUGGAUAUGUACCGUAAAGACGUAUAUAGGUAUUGUGCAUUCACAGAAACUGUGCAUUUCUGUAGUUUGUUUCACCAAAAGGUAUUUACAAUUUAACACAAUUUUUAUCAUUUUUUAUUGUGGUUAUAGUAUUUCUCCACUAGAUGGCACUAUAGUGUUUUUCAUCUAAAGGCGGGAUCCAGCCCACAUUCAAUCACAGCAGUCUUUACAAACACAAGGCCAUUCUACACUUGUUUCAAUAGACGUAUUAUCAAAGUUCUUGAACUUCUCUGUAGGAUAGGAUUUCAAAUUACUCUGCUGUCUUUCAAAGUCUCCUAUUUAAUUGUGGCUGUAAUUUCAACAUUCUCAAGAGAACACCAUCUGUGACAGUGCAAGUCUUUUCUUUGAGGUUUGCUGUUCAUUUUAACUCUCGGUCAUAUAGCUUAAUAUUGAAAUUACCUAUCAAUAUUUUAUUCAUCUUCAAGAUCAUCAAAAAGUUUUGUUAUUGAAUAAUUACUUUCUUUCUUGUUGUCCUUUCUUUUGUGGGUCACAGAUAUUUUGCAUCGUGUCUGAACUUUUUGCAAUGACAAAUGUGUUACCAAAUUCUGGGUUUAAUAAAUUAUUUAUUUGAGCCUAGUGUAAAAAAUGAUUAUUACAGUCACAAAGAAUACGACAGGAAACAGUAAAGGGAUUUUAAAUGGUGAACUAAUAAAGAUAUUCACAUUUGUGUAUUUAUAGAUGUAUUUGUUAUUUUUAUUGGUUGUGAGUUUGCUAUUCAUUAUGAGGAAUCACUAUGUUAGUUUGAGACUAAUAUUUUGAAUAUAGAAAUAACUGUAUAUUGAUAAUUUACAGCUGGUUUUCAUUUGUCAUUAUAGAUAAAGGGGUGCCUUAUGUUUACAACUUGAAGAAAGAAUGUGCUCAUCUGGAACAUGACCAACCCUCUCUGUUGGUUUCUCUAUUUUUGUCUCAUAGCCUGUUUACCCUGUAUUCUUUUGAGGGAAAUUAAUUAUGGUGUUUUACUCUUCACUAUUAAAGACAUGCACUAUUAUUUCAGAUGCUAAAGAGGAGGAGAGGUUUAGUGGCUCUGAACACAACUGAGCUCUGCUCUUUUGUCUAUUUAAAGAGGUAAAAAUAGCUGUAUGCUUAUCUCAAAUGUUAGGAUAGGCCCCAACUGAUGCAGACUUGGUCAAAUGGAUCUCUUAACUUCACAAAUGAUGAUUUUUUUUGCUUAGACAGUUGGCUGUUUGAAGGUUUAUGGUGUUUAAUGAAUGUAGCCUAUUGUCCUAUCGACUCCUAGCGUUUGAUCUCCCUUUUUUAUUUUUGUGUUUCCUUCAAUUCCUUUAUGAUAUUGUACAUAUUUGUGAAACUUCAAUUUCAUGCAGUUGUCAAUAAAGAACGCCUGAUAAUAAAAUG